AUGGUUUUCAUUAUAUAUUGUAGAUAUUAUAAGCUGGUUGAUAAAGCUAUAGAUCCCAGCAUGAUUACACCUGUAGCAUCAGAAACAAUUGAAGGUUUAUACAAGUUUGUACCAAAAUCAUUACGUAUCGAGCAUCCUAAAGCUUCCAAGAUAUUUUUACAGGAAAUGGAAGAUGAUUACAGAUUUGCUUUAAGACAAGCCAUACUAAACUAUAUCUUAUUAGACCCUGUUGAACAAGAAAGGUUAGGAGUUCCUCUUCCAGAAAAGCCAUCAAAUAGUGCUGGAAGAUUUGAAUAUCCCUGGCAUGAUACAGUUCAAGACAUGAAAGAGUUUAUGAGCACAGAUUUAUAUUUAACACAUCCUAUCAUGAGACAAAUUUUAUUUCUUUUCCAUUCGAAAUAUGGUGAUUUUCGAUUGAUUAAUAUCUCAGAGCUAAGAAAAAUUAUGCCAAUAACAAUGGAAGAAUUUGUACAACAUGUAGAAAAAUCAAGUAAAGAUGGAGCUCGAUAUUUACGUAAGACGUGGAUUGAAGAUUGUUGUGAUAUUGUUGAUAAUUAUAGAGAUGAUAUUGAAUCAAUGAUGCCAAAAGAUAAUCAGGUAUAUCUUUUAAUGGAUAAAAUGGAUCAUUUCUUCGGAAGUGUAGCCUCAUUGAUGAGUGUGUUAUUAAGGCAGUGUGUCAAGAAUUCUAUUUAUGACUUAGUUGAUAUAAUAGAGAAAUAUUACGAGGGAAAUAGAUAUGAAGAAAGCUAUGAUAUAUUCUCAGGAUUAGCUUUACCUACUCUCAUACAUCCAGUUACGAUAUUUAUGCUUGAAAAUAAAGAAAAUACUGGUGUGUUAUUUAAGCCAUCAUUUACAGAUAUAUGUGAUUUCUUUAAUUUAUUAAUUGACACAAUGGUAUUGAGUGUCGUAGAAUUACCAAGAUUAGAAAAUAUUUUAUUUCAAACUGUCGAAGGUCUAGAUGUAAAAUAUAUUAGCACUGUACAAAGUAAUGAAGAAUUAGUAAUAGAAGCCAAAAACAGAAUACACAAAGUCGUUAUGGAAAACAGUCAUGGACCAAUAAAAUAUGAAACAGUAUAUGAACCAUAUAAAUACUUAUUAUCUACUGAUUCUGAUCAAACUGUACACAAGUUUAUCAGUAAAGAGAGACCAUUAAGAAUGUAUGUACAGGAAAUAGAGAAAUUAAGACGUAUGAUAUCAGAAGUGGGAUCAUUACCAGUUUUAGUUCCUAUGCACCUUUUUCACCUUGAUUGCACAAAUAUAAAUGAGUGGUUAAUAGAAAGGGCCAGGUCCUUAAUAGAUAAAAUGGUUUCUAAUAUAAUGACAACAAGCGUUGAGUUUAACAGAGCCAUAUGUGACCAGUAUAAACAAAUUGUAAAGAAUAAUGCCAAACACGCUGAGACUACAGAAGAAUUGGUAGAAUUACAAAAUUAUGUUGAAAAUUUAAAGAUAGGAGAAUUGUAUGAAUUGAAGGAUAAAUUAGAAAUAGCUGGUGGUAAUAUGUUGUUUUUAAUGGAUUAUGGCUAUUUAUCAUCAGAAGAUUUAUCUGUUAAUAAUACAACAUUUAAAUGGCCAGAUAGAAUUAUACCUAUUAUAUUAAAUACAAAAGAGAAAUUCUUAGAAGAAAUCAAACGUGUGACUGAAAGUGUUAAAGAAUUUAAACAAAAAGAUAAAAUUCCAGAAGCUGAAACAUAUCAUCAACAGUUACAAGAACUUGGUGUUAAACUGGAAGGCUUUAAGGAAGAGAAAGUCAAGAUUAAUACUGAAGAGUUAUUGUUAGGAAUGGAAACGCAAACUGUGUAUAAUGAUAUCAUAGAUUUAAUUGGUAUGAAAGAACCUUUUGAUAAACUCUGGUCUACAGCUGUAACAUUCCAUGAUCAAUAUGAAAAAUGGAUGAAUGGUCCACUCUUAGAAGUUAUUGCUGAAGAAGUAGAGGAAGAGGUACAAAAUCAAUGGAGGACAGCAUAUAAAUUAACAAAAAUAUUUGGUCAUCCUGAUCUGAAAGGUCCAUUAAAAGCAGCAGUGACUAUCAAGGCUAAACUGGAGAAGUUCAAGAUAAAUAUGCCACUAAUCAAUGCUCUUUGUAAUCCUGGUUUAAAGGAAAGACAUUGGAAUAAAAUGAGUAUGAAGGUUGGGUUUGAUGUGACACCUAAAGAAGAUACACCAUUAAAUGAUGUAUUAGGUAUUGGUUUAGAGAAAAACUUGGAUGUUUUAAUGGGUAUUAGUUCCCAAGCUAGUAAGGAAUUUUCGCUUGAGAAGGCACUGAAGAAAAUGAAAGAAGAUUGGGAGAAUAUGAAUUUUAAUUUUGUGGCCUAUAAAGAUACUGGUAUUAAUAUAUUAUCAGCCUUUGAUGAUAUACAAGUAUUAUUAGAUGAUCACAUUGUUAAAACAACAACCAUGAAAGGUUCACCAUUCAUUGGACCAUUUGAAAAAGAGGCUAGUGAGUGGGAUGUUCAGUUGCAUAGAAUGAGAGAUAUUUUAGAAUCGUGGUUAAAAGUUCAGAGUGCCUGGUUAUAUCUAGAACCUAUCUUUGGUUCUCAAGAUAUCAGAAACCAGAUUCCAGUAGAAGGGAAAAUGUUUGAAGAAGUUGAUGAACAUUGGAAAACUAUCAUGACAAAAGCUGUGGAAGAUACAAGUGCCUUGGUGGUUGUUGGACAAGAUGAGAUGUUAGAAAAACUACAGCAUUCAGAGUCCAUGUUAGAUGAUAUUCAGAAAGGAUUAAAUGAUUAUCUUGAAAAGAAACGAUUAUUUUUCCCCAGAUUUUUCUUCCUAUCAAAUGAUGAACUAUUGGAAAUAUUAUCUGAAACUAAAGAUCCUCUACGAGUUCAACCUCAUCUCAAGAAAUGUUUUGAAGGUAUUGCUCAAUUAACUUUUAAUGAAGAAAAGGUUAUAACAGCCAUGGAAUCUAAAGAGAAAGAGAGAGUUGAUUUUCCGAAGACUAUAACUCCAGCUGAAUCAAGGGGUUUAGUUGAAAAAUGGCUUCUUCAGGUGGAAGAAGCAAUGAAGUUUAGCUUAAGAACUGUCAUGACUAAAGCUGUAUUGGCCUAUCCUACUACACUACGUAAAGACUGGAUUUUACAAUGGCCUGGACAGAUAGUACUAGCUGCAAGUCAAACACAUUGGACAACAGAAGUAACACAGGCUAUCAAUAAUGGAGAAUUAAAUAGUUAUUUCAAUAAAAGUAAGAAACAAGUAGAGGAAGUGGUUGAAAUGGUUCGUGGUAAAUUAUCCAAGAUGGCAAGAAUAACACUAGAGGCUUUAAUUGUCAUUGACGUUCAUGCUCGAGAUGUUGUAAAAAAUCUUCAUGAUAUCAACACACGGAAAGAUACAGAUUUCUCAUGGAUAAGUCAGCUACGCUAUUAUUUUCAAGAUGAUGUUGUAAAUGUCCGUAUGAUAACAACUACUGUUGCCUAUGCCUAUGAAUAUUUAGGAAAUUCUGGGCGAUUGGUCAUUACUCCUCUGACUGACAGAUGUUAUAGAACAUUAAUGGGAGCUCUGUUAUUAAACUUGGGAGGAGCUCCAGAAGGGCCAGCAGGUACUGGUAAAACAGAAACAUCAAAAGAUCUAGCUAAAGCUGUAGCCAAACAGUGUGUUGUCUUUAAUUGUUCAGAUGGAUUAGAUUACAAAGCUAUGGGUAAAUUCUUCAAAGGUUUAGCCCAGUCAGGAGCUUGGGCUUGUUUUGACGAGUUCAAUAGAAUUGAACUUGAGGUAUUGUCAGUUAUUGCCCAACAAGUACAAACGAUACAGAGAGGUAUAGCUGAACAAUGUAAGACAUUUGUAUUUGAAGGAACAGAGAUAUUAUUAGAUCCUACAUGUACUAUAUUUAUUACUAUGAACCCAGGUUAUGCAGGACGUGCUGAAUUACCGGAUAAUUUAAAGGUACUAUUUCGAACAGUAGCCAUGAUGGUACCUGACUAUGGUAUGAUUGGUGAAAUAUCUUUAUAUUCUAUGGGAUUUGUUGAUGCUAAAAGUCUUGCUAUUAAAAUUGUUGCCACUUACAGACUUUGCUCAGAACAGUUAUCAUCUCAACAUCAUUAUGAUUAUGGUAUGAGAGCUGUCAAGUCUGUAUUAACAGCAGCAGGAACAUUAAAAUUGAAAUAUCCUGAGCAGAGAGAAGAUGUCUUGGUGCUGAGAUCUAUUAACGAUGUUAAUUUACCUAAAUUCUUGUCCCAUGAUAUACCACUUUUUGAGGGUAUAGUAUCAGAUUUGUUUCCUGGUGUUAAUUUACCUAAACCUGAUUAUUUACAUCUACAACAAGCCCUAGUCUACCAAAUUAAACAGAGAAAUCUUCAAGUUGUACCUUGGUUUAUUGAUAAAAUAAUACAGAUAUAUGAUAUGAUAAUGGUACGUCAUGGUUUGAUGAUAGUAGGUGAUCCUAUUGGAGGAAAAACUUCGGCUUUCAAAUGUCUUGCUGCUGCUUUGGGAGAUCUUCAUCAAAAACAGUUAAUGGAAGAAUUUAGGGUGCAAACAUGUAUUAUUAAUCCUAAAGCAGUAACAAUGAGUCAACUGUAUGGUUGUUUUGAUCCUGUAUCACAUGAAUGGACUGAUGGCAUUUUAGCCAAUACAUUUAGAGAACAUGCUUCUAGUACUAGUGAUGAUAGAAAAUGGAUUAUAUUUGAUGGUCCUGUGGAUGCUGUGUGGAUUGAAAACAUGAACACUGUGUUGGAUGAUAACAAAAAGUUAUGUUUAAUGAGUGGUGAAAUAAUACAGAUGAGUAAUAAACAGAACAUGAUAUUUGAACCUCAAGAUUUAGAACAAGCUUCACCUGCCACUGUUAGCAGAUGUGGUAUGAUAUAUUUAGAUCCACAUCAGUUAGGUUGGGAACCUCUAGUGACAUCAUGGUUAGAAACAAAUCUUCCUGAUAUUGUUACUAAGGAACAAACUCAGACUAUUAAGUUACUCUUUUCCUGGAUUGUGCCUCCAUGUUUAAAUUUUGUUACUAAAUACUGUCGCCAUUUGCUGCCAUGUCAUUUAAUGCAUUUCACAAUGAGUAUGUUAAAGUUGUAUGGUUGUCUGAUGGAAGAUGUCAAUCAGCCAGCAUCUGUCAUGGAUCAAAAACUCAAUGAGGAAAGAUCUAACAUGAUCAUUGCUUAUUUCUUUUUCUCUACCGUCUGGUCAGUUGGUGCUACACUAGACACAACAUCAAGACUUAAAUUUGAUGAGUUUUUCAAAACUUUAUGUGAAAUGGAAGGAACAACAGCCAAAUACCCUAAGCCAAAAGAUUUGAAGUUAGCCAGGAAUCUGUUAAUACCAAAGAAGGGUACAGUGUAUGACCAUGUUUAUAUUAGGAAACAAUAUGGUGCUUGGUGUACAUGGAGUUCUCUUGUAGAACCAUUCGAUAUUGAAUCUAAAGCCAAGGUGAAUGAUUUGAUAAUUAAUACAGUGGAAACUGAAAAACAACGAUAUUUCUUACAACAUUUUGUAAGUCGUGGUAAACCUGUGUUAUUUGUUGGUCCAACUGGUACAGGCAAAUCAGCUAUAACUAACAAUUUCUUAUUAAACUUACCAAAAGAUAAAUAUAUUAUAAAUAACAUCAACUUCUCGGCACAAACAUCAGCCAAUCAAACACAAGAUAUAAUAUUCUCUAAACUUGAUAGGAGAAGGAAGGGUAUUUAUGGACCUGCUCCUGGUAAAAAAUUGUGUGUAUUUGUGGAUGAUUUGAAUAUGCCAGCCAAAGAGAAAUAUGGUGCUCAACCACCUAUAGAAGUUCUACGUCAAUGGAUUGAUCAAGGUUACUGGUUUGACAGGCAAGUGAUAAAUACAUCUGUUCUCCAAAUAGUAGAUAUUAUAAUGGUCGCAGCAAUGGGACCCCCUGGUGGUGGAAGAAACAAAGUCACUCCAAGAUUCUUACGUCAUUUUAAUAUAAUUGGCAUUGAAAGUUUUGAUGAAGAGACCAUGAAGAAUAUAUUCUCACCAAUAAGUGACUGGCAUUUUAAAUCUUUUGAGACCUCUUUAAGAAGAUAUUCCAGGAUUAUAGUUGGUGCCACAAUAGAGAUGUUUGAGAAUGCAAUUUCUACAUUUUUACCUACUCCAUCUAAAUCGCAUUAUUUAUUCAAUUUACGAGAUUUUUCCAGAGUUAUACAGGGUGUUUUAUUAUUAAAACCUUAUGUAGUACCAGAAGGUGUAGAGGGGAAUCAGAAGAUAGCUAGACUAUGGGUACAUGAAGUUUAUAGAGUUUUCUAUGAUAGAUUGGUUGAUGACCAAGAUAGGAAAAAUUUCUUCAAAAUGAUAAAGGUAACUUUCCAGGUACAUUUUAAAGAGAAAUUUAAUACAUUGUUUGGUCAUCUAGCUGAGGCUGGUAAAGUAGUGUCAGAUGACAAUUUAAGAAGUUUACUAUUUGGUGAUUUUAUGGCUAAGAAAGAAGAAAGUAAAGUCUAUGAUGAAAUCAUGGAUAUUGAUGAAUUGAGAGAGACAAUGGAAUCAUAUUUAGAAGAUUAUAAUGUUAUGACUAAGGCUCCAAUGGACUUGGUUAUGUUCAGAUUUGCUAUUGAACAUAUUUCUCGAAUAAGUCGUGUUUUAAAACAACCCAAUGGACAUUGUUUGUUAGUUGGCAUUGGAGGUAGUGGAAGACAAAGCGCCACCAGAUUAGCUGCCUUUAUGGCUGAUUUUGAAGUAUUUCAAAUUGAAAUAACUAAGAAUUAUACAGCAGUAGAAUGGAGAGAUGAUUUAAGGAAAAUGAUGAAAAGAGCAGGAUAUGAAGGAAUAUCAACUGUCUUUUUAUUUGGAGAUCAUCAAAUAAAGGAUGAGUCAUUUCUAGAGGAUGUUAAUAUGAUAUUAAAUACAGGAGAUAUUCCUAAUUUAUAUGAAAAUGAAGAGAGACUUGAAAUCAUUGAAAGGAUGAUGGUAGUUUGUCAACAAGAGAAUCUCCAAAUAGAAUUAACAGCUUUAAAUAUGUAUAAUAAAUUUAUUGAGAGAGUUCGUCGCAAUCUACAUGUGGUAUUAGCCUUUAGUCCUAUUGGUGAUGCCUUCAGAAAUAGAUUGAGAAUGUUUCCCUCUUUGAUAAACUGUUGUACCAUUGAUUGGUUUAAGGCAUGGCCAGAAGAUGCACUAGAAUUGGUGGCCAAUAACUUUCUAGAUGAUGUUGAAAUGACACAAGAAGUAAGAGAAGAGACUGUUGUUAUGUGUAAACAUUUUCAUCAGAGUGUCAGAGCAUUGUCAGAACAAUACUUUGAUACCAUGAGAAGAAGAAAUUAUGUAACACCAACAUCAUAUUUAGAAUUGAUUAAGACCUUUAAAAACUUACUGAAUAAAAAACGAUUAGAAAUAUUGACGUUAAAGAAUAGAUAUAUGGUUGGAUUAGAAAAGCUGGAAUUUUCUGAACAACAGAUCAGUGUUAUGCAGAGUGAAUUAUUAGAUCUCCAACCCAAAUUAAUAGAAACGAGUAAAGAGACUGAAGAAUUAAUAGCUAUUAUUGAAGAAGAGACAGUGGAAGUUGAAGCUAAGAAGAAGAUUGUAGAAGAAGAUGAAGCUGUUGCUAAUAAAUCAGCUAUGGAAGCUAAAUCUAUUAAGGUUGAAUGCGAGGAGAAAUUAGCCGUUGCUAUGCCUGCUUUAAAUGCUGCUAUUGCUGCACUCAAUACAUUAAAACAAAAUGAUAUUACUAUAGUUAAAACAAUGACUAAUCCACCACAAGGAGUCAAACUGGUUAUGGAAUCUGUUUGUAUUAUGAAGGGUAUAAGGCCAGAAAGGAAAACAGAUCCUAGUGGAAAGUCAUUUGAAGACUAUUGGCCUGCCUCUAAAAGAAUGUUAAAUGAUAUGAAGUUUUUAGAUUCUUUAAGGGAAUAUGAUAAAGAUAAUAUACCCAGUACAAUUAUGAAGAAAAUAAGAGAUAAAUACAUUUCUAAUCCUGAUUUUGACCCAGCUAUUAUAAAGAAUAUAUCAUCAGCUUGUGAAGGAUUAUGUAAAUGGGUGAGAGCUAUGGAUAUUUAUGACAGUGUCAUUAAGGUAGUAGCUCCAAAACAGCGAAGUCUAAAAGCUGCAGAAUCAGUAUUAGCUGAACAAAUGGCUAAAUUACAUCAAACACAGGCUGAAUUAAAAGAAGUUACUGAUAAAUUACAAACAUUAAAUGAUCACCUCGAACAGAAACAAAUUGAAAAAAAGAAUCUAGAAGAUAAUAUAGAGAUGACUAAGAUUAAGAUUGAAAGAGCUACCAAGUUAAUCAGUGGUUUAGGAGGAGAGAAAGUUAGAUGGACUGAGAAUGUUGAUACAUUAAGUGAGACGUAUAUGAAUAUUGUUGGUGAUGUAUUAUUAUCAGCCAGUGUAGUGGCAUAUCUUGGUCCAUUUAUUUUGGAUUAUAGACAGGAAGCUUUAAAAGAAUGGUAUUCUAUGUGUAAAGAAAAAGGUAUACCAGUAUCUGAGGUAUUCUCUUUAUCAAAGAUAUUAGGUGAUCCUGUAAGAAUUAGAGAUUGGCAAAUAGCAGGUCUUCCUGUUGACAAUUAUUCGACAGAUAAUGCUAUAAUAGUGAUGUCAGCUAAUAGAUGGCCCUUAAUGAUAGAUCCACAAGGUCAAGCUAAUAAAUGGAUCAAGAAUAUGGAAAAGGCGAAUAAAUUAGGAAUAAUAAAACUCAAUGAUCCUAAUUAUACCAGAGUUCUUGAAAAUUGUCUGCAGUUUGGUAAUCCAUGUCUCUUAGAGAAUGUAGGUGAAGAAUUAGACCCAAUUUUAGAACCUAUUUUAUUAAAACAAACAUUCAAACAGAAUAAUUUAGAUUAUAUUCGACUUGGUGAACACAUUAUAGAAUAUAGCCAGGGUUUUACAUUUUAUAUUACAACUAGACUUCGUAAUCCUCAUUAUUUACCUGAAGUCUCUGUUAAAGUGACAUUAUUAAACUUUAUGAUCACACCAUUAGGUUUAGAAGAUCAGUUACUAGGUAUUGUAGCCGCUAAAGAGAAGCCAGAAUUAGAAGAAAAGAAAAACCAGUUGAUUGUAGAAAGUGCUGCAAAUAAACGUCAAUUAAAAGAAAUAGAGGAUAAAAUACUAGAAGUUCUUUCAUCAUCUCAGGGUAAUAUUUUAGAAGAUGAAACAGCCAUCAAUAUUUUAUCAUCCAGUAAAAUUCUAUCUGAAGAAAUUUCACAGAAACAAGAAAUAGCAUCAGAAACAGAAUCUGAAAUAGAUACAGUUAGAAAUGGAUAUAAACCAAUUGCUCAUCAUGGAAGUAUACUAUUUUUUACUAUCAGUGAUUUAGCUAAUAUCGAUCCUAUGUAUCAGUAUUCAUUGGCUUGGUUUAUAAACUUGUAUCAUCAGUCAAUACUGAACAGUGAUAAAUCAGAUGAACUGUGGGAAAGAAUAAAUAAUCUGAGAGAACAUCUUACAUAUAGUAUUUAUAAAAAUGUGUGCCGUUCUCUAUUUGAAAAAGAUAAAUUACUAUUCUCAUUCCUACUGUGUAUUGGGCUGGAAAAAGGAAGAGGUGACAUCAAUGAUCAGAGUUGGAGGUUUUUAUUGACUGGUGGUGUAGCUCUAGAAAAUCCUUUCCCCAACCCAGCAUCAUCAUGGUUAGCUGAUAAAUCAUGGGCUGAGAUUGUCAGAGCUUCAUCUAUGAAGGCAUUUACAGGAUUUAUGGAUCACUUUCAAAAACAUGUACAUGAUUGGAAAAAGAUCUAUGAUUCAGCAACACCUCAUCUAGAAACAUUACCACUACCCUGGUGUGAUUGUCUUACAAACCUAGAGGAAUUGAUAGUUUUAAGAUGUCUCAGACCUGAUAAAAUGGUACCAGCAAUUCAGAAAUAUAUAGCUGAGAGAAUGGGUCAGAUAUAUAUUGAACCACCUACAUUUGAUUUAUCAUUAUGUUAUCAAGAUUCUAAUUGUUAUUCACCAUUAAUAUUCGUGUUGUCUCCUGGUGCUGACCCAAUGGCUGGUCUAUUCAGAUUUGCUGAAGAAAAAGGAAUGGGUAAUAAAGGCUUACAAACUAUAUCAUUAGGACAAGGUCAAGGUCCUAUUGCAGAGAAGAUGAUUUUAGAGGCAUUGGAGAAAGGUACCUGGGUGGUUUUACAGAAUUGUCAUCUUGCUGCUUCUUGGCUACCAGAACUUGAAAGAAUUUGUGAAUCUGUAAUAACUGACCAGACUAAAACCAAGAAUUCAUUUAGAUUAUGGUUAACAAGUUACCCAUCUUCAGUAUUUCCCGUCUCAGUCUUACAAAAUGGUGUUAAAAUGACCAAUGAACCACCAAAAGGUCUGCGUGCCAAUCUACUGAGAUCCUAUCUCAAUGAUCCUAUUUCUGAUCCAAUGUUCUUCCAUAGUAGUAACAAACCAAAGGAAUUUGAAAAGCUUUUAUUUGGAUUGUGCUUUUUUCAUGCUUUGGUUCAAGAAAGAAGGAAGUUUGGUCCACUAGGUUGGAAUAUACCAUAUGAAUUUAAUGAAUCUGAUUUACGUAUCUCAGUUCGACAACUUGAGAUGUUUAUAAAUGAUUAUGAUGAACCACCAUUAGAAGCAUUAACGUAUUUAACUGGUGAAUGUAAUUAUGGUGGAAGAGUGACUGAUGAUUAUGAUAGAAGAUUAAUAAUGAGUAUAUUAAAAAUAUUUUAUUGUCAAGAGAUAAUAGACAAUGAUAAUUAUAAGUUUUCUGAUAGUGGCUUAUAUUAUGCACCAGUAAAGGGAAGUUAUCAACAUUACUUGAAGUAUGUACGGCAAUUACCAUUGAUCCCACAUCCAGAGGUUUUUGGUCUUCAUGAAAAUGCAGAUAUCUCGAAAGAUCAACAUGAAACUCAACAGAUGUUUGAUGGGAUUCUGUUAACCUUACCAAGACAGAUAUCUGGUGGAGGAAAAUCAUCCCAGCAAAUUAUAGAAGAGUUAGCAAGUGAUAUAUUAUCAAAAAUACCACCAGAUUUUAACUUAGAAGAAGUUAAGAAUAAAUAUCCAGUACGAUAUGAAGAAUCAAUGAAUACUGUAUUAGUACAAGAAUUAAUUCGAUUUAACAGAUUAAUACAAGUUGUGCGUCAAAGUUUACAAGAUAUAAGAAAAGCUAUUAAAGGUUUAGUUGUUAUGUCAUCUGAACUAGAAGAUGUAUUCUACAGUAUGAUGGUUGGAAAGGUACCUGCAAUGUGGGCUUCUAAAUCUUACCCAUCAUUAAAACCAUUAGGAAGUUAUAUAACUGACCUUCUGGCUAGAUUACUAUUCUUUAAGGAUUGGAUAUUUAGUGGUUCACCAACAGUAUUCUGGAUUUCUGGUUUUUACUUUACACAAUCAUUUUUAACUGGUGUACUACAAAAUUAUGCAAGACGUUUUAAAAUCCCAAUUGAUCAUUUAGGAUUUGAAUUUGAAGUUACAAACCAUGAAUCAACUGUAUCUGCAAAGCCUACAAAUGGUGCAUACAUAAAAGGGUUAUUCAUGGAAGGUGCUAGAUGGUGUCGACAAACUAAAUGUAUAGAAGAAGCGUUACCAAAAAUUCUCUAUGAUAUUAUGCCUGUUAUUUGGUUAAAACCAGGAGAGAAAUCAAGUUUUGAAGAGGGACACAAUUAUGCUUGUCCAGUUUAUAAAACAAGUGCUAGAAGAGGAACAUUAUCCACAACUGGUCAUUCUACUAAUUAUGUUUUAACAAUUUUAUUACCAACAAAACAACCAGACAGUCACUGGGUCAACAGAGGUGUAGCUCUACUUUGUCAACUAGAUGAUUAG